GCAAGUUUUGUUGCUAGUAGCCUACAUGUGAGAAAUGAUUCUACCAAGUUUAAAACCCAGAAAAUAAAUUAUAUUACUAAACCUGCGAAAUGGUGGACUCAAUAAAUGAAGCUGACAGGAAGACACAGAUGUCUGACCACCAGGAUUCAGUGUUGCUGAAUACAGGGACCCGGAUGCCACUCCUGGGCCUGGGCACUUAUAAACUGCGAGGCAAGGAGAACGUAAUGCUUGCUGUGGAUGCAGCCCUUGGUGCAGGCUAUCGCCACUUUGACACAGCUGCUGUGUAUCGAAAUGAAGUGGAAGUAGGACAGGCACUCCGUGAACUGUUGCCAAAACAUGGGAUUUCAAGGGCCGAUGUUUUUGUCACCAGCAAGCUGGGGCCUCGGGACCAAGGCCCCAUGGCAUCUGAAGGUUGCCAGCGCAGCCUGGACCAGUUGGAUCUAGACUACAUCGAUUUGUUCCUGGUUCACUGGCCCGGCACACAAGGCUUACGUGUGGAAGAUCCACAGAACAGGGUAAACCGGGCACAGACCUGGGAGAUCCUGGAGGACUUCCACAGUCGUGGACUGUUCCGGGCCAUAGGCGUGUCAAACUACACUGUACGCCACAUGGAGGAGUUGCUUGCGAGCUGCAAGGUGGUCCCUGCUGUCCUCCAAGUGGAAUUCCAUCCCAGGCUCAUCCAGAAGGAACUGAGGGCCCUGUGUGCUGAGAGAGGGGUUUGCUUUGAGGCCUACUCCUCGCUGGGCACAGGGGCACUGCUGUCUGAUCCCGCAGUGCUGGAAGUGGCCAGUGGAUGUAAGAGAAACACAGCUCAGGUGCUGCUGAAAUGGGCUGUGCAGCAGAACGUCCCCGUCCUGCCCAAAUCAUGCAACCCCAGCAGGGUGCUGGAAAAUGGACAGCUGUUUGAUUUUGAGCUUAGUCAGGAGGACAUGAAAAAACUGACCAGUUUAGACAACGGGCAGAGAUUUUGCUGGGAUCCCACAUUAGUAGCUUAAAAUGCAACAAGAAUUCAGAAAACGUUAUAUAUUGAGCAUAACUGAAAUUAAAUCAGUUCUCCGAGUCGUUAAUAUACAGAACAUUUCUCCUAAGGAAUUAGCCCAUGGUGUGGGGUGAGGAUGAAAUAGCAUAAUGCUUCAAGCAUUCAUGUUUUCAAUCACAUUGAGUUUUCAUUGAACAAUUUUAUGACACUAUCUGGCAACGUCAAACAUUAUUAGUUAAAUACAGACUGAUUCUGGUUAAGAAAUUUGGCAAAGAAACAUUUUUGUUUUUUUUCAUGAAACAUUAAGGUGUUCUGAAAGAUUGUGUGCUUUGUGCAACCAUAGCUCAAUUGAAUUUAUCUUGACAAAAAAUAUAAGGCAUGGUCUGGACCAUUAGUCCACUGUGAGACAUUGUAACAUUUGUGAUUUGCCUUGAAUGAAUGUUUUGAUUGUGAGGUGCAUCUUCAUUUAUUUAUGUUUUAUUUGUGCAGCGAAGAUGUGCGUAUGUGUCAAAUAAUUACAGUUAGGUCACAUGAGUUAAAACCAACUCAGUCACAUGUUUUGCAAGAUAUUAUUUUGUAUGUGUCAAAAAAUUAUGAGAUGCAGUAGUAAUGAUAAACAACAAACCUUACAUUCAUCACAUGCAUGUUCUUGAUUAAUGUGUCAUUGAUUUUUUUGAAAAGGUCAUGUUCAAAGUAAUAGUAAUAGAGGCCUGAUUAGGUAAUGUCAUUCAUUUUGUGGAAAAUGCAAUUCUGUGCCUUUUGUGUAAAGGUGUAGUAUGUAAUUCUAGGCAUUUCUUUUCAAAAUGUAUGCUGCUCUAUUCACAAAUCCGACCUUUUCAUGAAUAUUUACUGUGUGAUGAACUAAUAUUUACUGGUCUGGUCAAAGCACAGUACUUUUUGCAGCCAAAUAUGUAUGACUGGUAAUUCAAAAUGGCAGACAUGGAGAAGAUCCACUUUUUAAUACAGGAUAUGGGAAGUAUACAUUUCAAAGUCAUAAUGAAUACUUAGAAGAUGAUGGUGUACACUUAAGAGACGAUGAAUGAAAGUGGUAAUGACAUGUAUUACAACAUGAAUAUAGCGCAUAGGGAUGCAA